AUGAAGUUGAUGUCAGCUUUUUCACUCGGCUUUUGCUUCGCGUCGGCGAGCAUCUGCGAUCUUCCAAUAGACAUUGGACCUUGUCGAGCAGCGAUGCCAGUCUUCUACUACAAUGGAAACUCGAACGAGUGCGAGCAGUUCUUCUACGGAGGAUGCCAGGGAAAUGAGAACCGAUUUUUGACCAAGGAAGAAUGCGAAAAUGCCUGCAACGAGCGCAAUAUCAAACAAACCUACAAAUAUUUUGGCCUAGACUUUGCCACUUAUAACAAAACAAAGAAAGUUGAUUUACAUGUUCCAAAAAACGAAUUUCAAGAUGAAAUUUUCAAGCAAUUCUCCCGCUACGACCAAAUCAGCUGUGUCAUGCUAAAAGAACCAUUUCGUAUCGUCAAUUGGAACGAAUUAGCGAAGAAUCGGUUAAGAGCCAGCAAACUAUACGACUUUGAAUUCAUCGACAUCAUUCUCGAAGUCAUUCGAAGCACAAGAAGAUCGCGAAAAAUUCAAGAAAUAUCAAAAGACUUUCUUCUUUCAAAAAACAUUACGAAUUUUGCGGCUCUUCACUGGAGAUAUGAUAUGGACGAUUUCGUGAAAAUCAAUUCUCGGAAAGAAAAGAAAGAUUCGUUAUUGGAGAAAAUUCAAGCGAUACGAAAUGAUCCAUCAUUUUUGGUCAAGUGGGUUGUCGACAAAAUGAAGAAGAAGGGACAAAAAUCAAUAAUUCUUUUCAGCCCUCCAUCAGACUACGACUUCUUACAAAAAAUAAGCGACGGCCUCCUUCAAUAUUAUCCAGAAGCUCAGGUCAUCCAAGAACAAGAAAUUUCAGCCUUCUCUCGACCGCGACUCAGCAAAGAUUAUUUCGACACCCAGCUCUCUCUUGUUUCCCAAGAGCUUGCUUUCAGAUCCGACUUCUUCUUUUAUUCAAAUCCGUCAAGUUGGAGUGCGAAUGUUGUUCUUGAACGACUCGCAGACGGUAAAUUCGGCGAGGAAAUGAUUCUAGACUUUGAAAUGCCGCAAGAAGACUCCUGCGAGUUGGGGAUCAGAAUGGGGAAGAAAAACGAAUUCGUGGUCUUCCCACUUUUAUCUUUUCCAGGGAGCGGUAACACUUGGACGCGAAUGCUACUUGAAAAAGCAACUGGAAUCUUCACAGGAAGCAUCUACAACGACACCUCUCUUUAUGAAGACGGCUUUCUCGGCGAAUAUGAAAACCCUCUCGACGGAACAACUCUUUUUCAAAAAGCGCAUAGUAUCGACAAAGCUAGUAUUUCCUCCGCGAAGGGUUACUUAAUUCUCAUCCGAAAUCCAUUCGACGCAGUUGUCGCCGAAUUCAAGCGACGAAAAGGCCAUGGCCACACUUCAACAGUUUCAGAAUCCAUUUUCAAGGAAGAAGAAUGGGUCAAGGAGGGAACGAAGUUUUUGAGAUGGUGGCAUUCGCAUAUGCUGAAAAUUCUCGCGAAAAAAGAAGAGACGAAUCUUCCUAUGCACAUCUUUUAUUACGAAGAUUUGAAAAUUGAUGCGAUACAAGAGAUGAAGAAAAUUCUUGAUUUCAUCGAGCAGCAGAAAUAUUUUAUUGUCCGAGACAGAAAGAAACGACUUAAAUGCCUCGAAAAAGUAAGAACAGAGGACUCUGUUAAUUUAUUUAUAAGCUUCAGAAUUUAA